CUUCCGCUUCCGGUAGGAAGGAGCCACACUUCCGCAUCCGGUAAGAGGAGCCGCACUUCCGCUUCCUGUAGGAAGGAGCCGCACUUCCGCUUCCGGAAGAGGGAUGCAGGCGGCCCUGGAGGUCACGGCCCGGUAUUGCCGUACCGAGAUGGAGCUGUACGGCCGGUGUGUGGCCAACAGCCCCGAGACGUGGCAGAAGGAUUGUGACGGGCUGAGGGUCAACAUGGUGCGGUGUGCGAACACACACCCCAUAGUGCAGCGGAUCAAGGAGGACUGUGCUGAGCCCUUCAGCGCCUUCGAGCAGUGCCUGAAGGAGAACCAGGCUUCGGUGCUGAACUGCAGCGAACACGUCAACGCCUUCCUGAGCUGUGCAGACAGGGUGAAGCUCCCGGCGUGAGGGGACCCCCCGGGAUUAAAACUCAUCCUCAGGACUGAAGGAAAACUCCUUUUAUUCUCAUCAUGGUGCUGGGUCGGGUCGCUGCUCCCCCUUUAUGGGUUGUUUGGGUACGAAGCAAAAACCAGCUCUUAUUUUUUCUACAGUUUCCUCACUAAGGACAACGUUUUUCUCUAUCAUGAUAAAAAACAGCCAGCAAAACAAGACUGAAAGCCAAAUCUUGGCUUCCCCCACUGCUGAUGGAUGCUGCUAUUAGAGCUGAACUGACUCCAUUGACGUUCCCCUAAGCGUGGAGUUCCCAGCUUGUCCAUUGGGGGAGAACAUUGGGUUGGGUUGGAAGGGUCCUUAAAGAUCACAGAGAUACGGGAUGGGUUGGAAGGGUCCUUAAAGAUCACAGAGCCAUGGGAUGAGUUGGAAAGGUCCUUAAAGAUUACAGAGCUAUGGGAUGGGUUGGAAGGGUCCUUAAAGAUCACUUAGAACAGCAGGGGGAGUCUUCAGACUGCGAACGUCAGAGCUCCUCCAACUCUGAGCCAUUGGAUUGCAAUGGAGAUCUGUCUAUGGGGAGGGUGGGGGGACACCGAGCCCCCCAGGGAGGUGAUUUUGGGGCUGUAAUGGAUGGAAAUAAACAAUAAUGUUGUGAGGAUGUUUGACCAGGAGCGGAUGAAGAGCUGUGGGUCAAUACAAGUGGGACAGCAGCUCUCCUCUAUUGUGUUGCUUUCUAUUUGCAAGCUGCUGUUUUUCAACCCCGCUGCAUCCAACUGCUCUUUGUGA